AUGGAGUCCCCUGCACAAUCUACUGCAUCUGCGGUGGCUUCCUUAUCGAUUAAUCACACAAAGAAUGCGGUAUCAAUGCAAAAAAGAAAGCGCAGAGCGAGUUUGAAAUCAGAGGCUUGUCGGGAACAAUGCCGCACCAACCAAGCUCGAUACCGUCAGAAACAGCGCGAAUACGUCUCGACUCUUAAGGCGAAAGUCGCACAGCUUCGAAGUGAAAUUCCAUUGUUAGAAGUACAACGGCGACGUCUUCGCUACGACUCACAACAACGUGUUUGGGAUGUUGUGGUUGAGUAUUUUCAGCUCUUUCGUUACGGCAUUGGCGAUACGUAUAUGCAAGGAUCUGUAGAUUCUAACGAUGUGCUUCGUGCCUCAGAAUCUCAGCACCAAGUUAUGUUCUUACGAUCAACAAUGGCACCAGAUGUCGAGUUUGGGAAUUUAUGUGGCGUCGAGGUUCUUAUGGAGCAUUGGCGACGAUUGUCCGAAUACCAUGAAGACCUACAUUUACAUCUUACAGGUAUGGAUAAAGUAUCUGAAAGUAUUGUCACGGCAUCAGCAAUCUUAAGCGUGACAAUAAGCAAGACAACAUUGGAGUACGUCUUCCCACGGCUCAUGAGCUCUGAAAACGUCGACGAUCUGUCACUUGCAGUGAAACUACUGGGCCACAAACUCAACUAUCCUUGUUCCGCAAUCUCACAGAUGUAUCUCGUGUAUUGGAUGGUGCUGUCAUGUCUUUAA